CAACCCUGGACGAGCAUCAGCAAAACUGAAAGUUUUCUCCUUCGGUACUUUUGGUACUCUCCCGAACUCUGGCCAUCUUUCUUGUCUCUGUCGUGACGGACGAGGUGCUUCGAAAGAUGGAAAGUCAUCAAAGUACCUCAGAGACAAAUAUUCCGUGUGUGCCGUCAGUCCUGAAUAGGUCAUUUUCAUUACAUAAUUUCGCCUAUGUAUAUUUGUUCACGCUGUUGCCUCGCGACGAACUUAACAUCUUGAGCUUCAACGACCAUACCCUUCGAUAUAAUUCCUCAUAUGUACAUCACUUGUCACGACGCUCCUGGUGCUUUUAUCUCGCGAUAGCUGUCAACUGUCGGCUCCUCGUUCUCUUUCGAUGUCAUUCUAUCCUUCUCGCACCCGACAAGCGGCCGCUCCCAACUUGUGCCGUCUGGUUACUUGCUGAUGCCGACGACUUUCAACCAAUUGGAUGCAAGUUGGUGCCGUUUUUCAGUCUGGUCACUCACUGGCGAUCUCGGAAGCUGCUCUGUAUGGUCACUACUAGCAUGCGACUCUUGGCGCUGAUGACGACGACGACGACAGUGAUGAAGACUUCCAUGCGAACCUGGAGUGAAGCCAUCGAAAUCGAUGACGAAGAGGAGUUCAUGGGGAUCUGAUCACAUUGAAGCUUGUCGCGCGACCCUGCACAUUGAUCCAUGCUUCGCAGUUUUUUUGUUGUUGUUUUCGACACUAAUCCUGUUAUUACUGUACAUCACUCCUUUGAAUAUGUCCCAGUCAAUGCCGGUGUACUAUUAGAUUUACCGCUUUAGUAUCUUUUUACCUCUUUCUCUUUCUGUCUUUGGACCUUUUUCAAUAGUACUCUGGAUGUCUCUGGGAAUAUACAGUGUCUUUGCAUGAGAUGAACC